UUCAACUCCCGCUCUCCGUAGAAGCGAUGUCACGUAACCGUAGUAAUGGACAGAAGUAAAUGUGAAAAGAUAAUCUCGUGUUUUCAGGCACGUGCACGCGGGUACCUGCUGAGGAGCGAGGUCAGACGUGCUCGUCAGGACUUUGAGGAAAUUGUGAAGGAAAUUGACGGGAGUCUGACAGAUUUAAGGUGGACUGAGGCAGUCAUAGCCAUCCCUUGCUUCACAGACAUUGGCCCCCCCUGUGUUCGUCCCUUUAACAAGCAAUCAGAUUCAGGCCUGGAUGUCAGUCCUCCGCAGUGCUCAGAUGACUCAGGAGAUCGUUCUGCCCUGUUAAAGACUAAAAAAGCAGAGAGAGAUGAUUCUGGAGACUGUUUACACAAAUGCCCUGGUAAAGGAGAUGGAGAGCAGCAGAGACAGCCCACAGAAGCAGAUACAGAUGGAGGUCUGAUGGAAAGCAUCGGGGGAUCAUCCUCCGUCUGGAGCACUUUGGAGCUAGAUACGAAAAGUUACUCUCACAAAGGAGCAUCCCUUAAGAACUGUUUCGCCGCCCCUCAUUCAGGUGGUCAGCAGUACUGCUUGGCAAAGGAGGUGCCUUGUACCCCCGAGGCGCUGCAUCUCCAUAGAAACACGCUGACCAUGGAGCUGCUGUGGCUGCAGCAGGCCAUCGACAGCAGGAAGAAGUACUUAUCACUAAAGGAUAGACUGACUGUCACCUGACAGAAUAACUAAAUCUCAUCUGGACGUAUGAUGGAACUGUGUUCAGUCAAUCGAAUACCAUCAGUGUGAGAAUGACGUAUGCAUAAAUGGAUUACUUUCACAAUGUAAAUAUCAUGUAAUAUUUUAUGUGUGUGCAUAGAGUUUAAAUUUAAGUUUUUCUAUUGGGAAACAAAUAAACUAUUUUUCUACACAUCGCCAUGUUUGUUUUUUUGUUGGAGAAAUAAUUUGUUCAAUUUAGGAUGUUGAAGCACAUUAUAAUAUUUGUCAAAAGCUCAAUUGAGUCAUCACUUGUCACAGGUGGAGUUAGUU